ACGAAUAUGCGGUGUUCUGGCCGUGUGGGACACGUACAGGAUUUAGUCUUGCACGCGGUACAAAAGAAAUGGACCUGAGGGCUUGUGCCUUAGCCUUCCUCUCUUCACGCAUGCCAGUGUGACGUUCAGUUAUGCUGGAAGUGAGCUCUUUCCUCGAAUGUUGUGACAGCAGUCACAAAAGUUGUCCAGUCUGCAGACUGUUUUCUGCUUGAUAUAUCCCAUUUGCCCAUGCAAACAGUUCCUCUGUUUGUUCAAAUAAGUGUGUUAGUGGCACAGAGAAACGUCUCUGCGUUCUUCUGAGCCUCCUCCCCGGCGACUGGAGACAGAGCUCAGAUGAAAUCAAAAGAACGAUAAAGUUUGGAGAAGAAAAAGAAGCUGCAAUUGCUUCCCUGGUCUGCAGUUUGACAGGGCAUUAAGAUGUCCGUGGACAUGAACAGCCAGGGCUCUGACAGCAAUGAAGAGGAUUAUGACCCUAAUUGCGAGGAGGAGGAAGAGGAUGAGGAUCCUGGGGAUAUUGAGGAUUAUUAUGAUGGGGUAGCUAACGACGUGGAGCAGCAGGGAGCAGAUGCCUUUGAUCCAGAGGAAUACCAGUUCACCUGCCUGACUUACAAGGAGUCGGAGAGCACUCUGAAUGAACACAUGGCCAGCUUGGCUGCCACGUUAAAGGUAUCACAUGCUGUUGCAAAGCUAGUAUUAGUUAGUUUCCACUGGCAAAUCUCAGAGAUUUUGGAAAGGCACAAGUCUAAUGCUGCCCAGUUGCUAGUAGAAGCACGAGUUCAGCCCACCUCAUCCAAACAUGCAAUGGUACAUUCCUCCCAUCACUGCGCAGUGUGCAUGCAGUUUGUCCGGAAGGAGAACUUGCUCUCUCUGGCUUGUCAGCACCAGUUCUGUCGCAACUGUUGGGAGCAGCAUUGUACAGUGCUCGUCAAGGAUGGUGUUGGGGUCGGGGUCUCCUGCAUGGCUCAGGACUGCCUACUUCGGACACCAGAAGACUUUGUGUUUCCAUUGCUGCCUAGUGAAGAGCUGAAAGACAAAUACAGGCGCUACCUCUUCAGGGACUAUGUGGAGAGCCAUUAUCAGCUGCAGCUGUGUCCUGGUGCAGAUUGCCCUAUGGUCAUACAGGUACAAGAGCCAAAAGCUCGGCGAGUGCAGUGCAAUCGUUGCAGUGAGGUCUUCUGCUUUAAGUGUCGGCAGAUGUACCACGCACCCACAGACUGUGCUACCAUUCGGAAAUGGCUCACCAAGUGUGCAGAUGACUCCGAAACAGCCAACUACAUCAGUGCUCACACUAAAGAUUGUCCCAAGUGCAAUAUCUGUAUUGAAAAGAAUGGAGGCUGCAACCACAUGCAAUGCUCCAAAUGCAAGCAUGACUUCUGCUGGAUGUGUCUGGGAGACUGGAAGACUCACGGCAGCGAGUACUACGAAUGCAGUCGGUACAAAGAGAAUCCUGAUAUUGUAAACCAGAGUCAGCAAGCACAGGCCAGGGAGGCCCUUAAGAAGUACUUGUUCUAUUUUGAGAGGUGGGAGAAUCACAAUAAAAGCCUACAGCUGGAGGCACAGACGUACCAACGGAUCCAGGAGAAAAUCCAAGAAAGAGUUAUGAACAACCUGGGAACAUGGAUAGACUGGCAAUACCUACAAAAUGCUGCAAAACUACUUGCAAAGUGUCGUUACACCCUGCAGUACACAUAUCCAUAUGCCUACUACAUGGAGUCUGGUCCCAGAAAGAAACUGUUCGAGUACCAGCAGGCCCAGCUGGAAGCUGAAAUUGAAAAUCUCUCAUGGAAGGUGGAGCGAGCAGACAGCUAUGACAGAGGGGACUUAGAGAAUCAGAUGCACAUAGCAGAGCAGAGACGGCGGACCCUGCUGAAAGACUUCCAUGACACAUAAGACCGGAAGAAGGGACAAAGUGCAGGGGUGAGAGCAGCGAGUGAAGUGAUGGCAGCUUCACCGGGAUACGCAGGCACUGCCUCUGGGAGAACACGGCCAAGGACAAAGCCACCCCUCCCCUUGCAAGUCAGACACAUGCAAACACCACAUCUUAGUCCAGUUUGUUCUCUUAUCUUUCUGUUUCUGUUUCUGCCAGGCUAGAGGCCAGAGUUCAGAUUGGCGUAUUUCCUGGGACAUUUCCCUCCUGCCCUUGAUGGUUUCAGAAGGGGAGGGAGUUUUUCUCUGAAUGGCUGUUAAUAGUAUUAGAUCAUUACAAUUUAUGUAAUUUUCAACGGUUGUACAAUUAUACAGACAAACCUUAGAAUAACACACAACCCUUUUUAAAAAUAAAUUGGCAGUGGAGUGUU